CACGUAUUCUCUCACGUUCUAAAGCGACAAACGACAUUGUAAUUUGCCAGAACGACACAGCGUGGUGCUCCUACUGGUUGUUGCUCGCGGUGGAGGCGUUUCCCAGAUCUUGGUUUCACAUCUCUCAAACCCGAUCUGAUAAGGAAAGUGCAAGCCAAUUAUCAUAUUCAUUGAAUCGAUAUUCUUAAGAAAAGUCGACAAACUCCGAAAUCGCAAAGUUCUACAGUGUCAGACUUUCUCAUCGCCGCCCCUUCUUUGUUUUUCUACUUCAAGGUAUAGGCAUGUACAAUAACGUGGGAUCCCAACCCCAAACCCUACCCGGGGCACCUCUACCACCCGCAAGUUCUCAACCUAAUCCAUUUGGUAGUGCUUUUCAAGUGGCCGGUUCAGGACUUAUUCGAGGUGGGUUGCAUGCAUACGGCGAGAAGAUUUUUGGAUCAAGCUCUGAGUAUGUCCAAAGCAAUAUAAGUAGGUACUUCUCUGAUCCUCAGUACUAUUUCCAAGUGAAUGACCAAUAUGUCAGGAACAAACUGAAGGUUGUUCUGUUUCCAUUCCUGCACAGGGGUCACUGGACAAGAAUAACUGAGCCGGUAGGAGGCAGACUUUCCUAUAAACCACCAAUUUUUGACAUAAAUGCUCCGGACUUGUAUAUUCCUUUUAUGGCAUUCGGUACCUAUGUUGUUCUUGCUGGCCUCUCACUGGGUCUCCGGGGGAAAUUUAGCCCAGAAGCUUUGAAUUGGUUGUUCAUCAAGGGACUGCUUGGUUGGUUUCUGCAAAGUGCACUGCUGAAGGUGACAUUACUUUCAUUGGGUAGUGGGGAGGCACCCCUGCUUGACAUUAUAGCAUAUGCUGGAUAUACUUUUACGGGCAUAUGUUUGGCUGUCCUUGGUAGACUUAUUUGGGGCUACUGCUACUACUUCUUGAUGCCAUGGGCCAGUUUAUGCAUGGGAAUAUUCUUGGUUCAGACAAUGAAGAGAGUACUCUUUGCAGAGGUUCGGAGUUAUGAUUCGAGCAAGCACCACUAUCUCUUGCUCUUUAUUGCUUUGGUUCAGUUCCCUUUGUUUACUUGGCUUGGCAACAUUACUGUCAAUUGGCUUAUAUAGAACUUUAGCUUCUACUCUAUCCUUGGAAAAUAAAGUUGUUCCUCAGGAGUUUUAUGUUUUGUUUUAGGCAUUAAUGUUGAUAUCUUAACUUGUUUUA